AGAGCAGUUUGUUGAAGUAUUGACAGUUCAUAAUCAAUGUCAUAAUUAUCCGCUGAAUGUAAAGAUCCUGCUGCAACACAACACAAAUCAGCUGAGAAGAGAUUACCUGGAGGGACAACAGCUGAUAAAACUAUAUGUAGAGGGAGCUCAGAGUCAGAGCUACAUAUAAAUCUAGUGAAGAAAAAAUGUAUUUUGUUAGUGUGUUGUUAUUGUUGUCUGUUUGAUGGUUUAUUUGUGGUGCACUCUGUAACUUUGCUACAAGUAUUUAAAUAAUAAUAAUAACUGAACGUGAUGGUGAUGACUGUCAGUGUGAAUAUUAUAGGAAUAGUAUACAGUAUAUAUAUCUUAUAAUAGUUACGCUUUAGCUGUAGAAGUUCGCAGAUCCUUAAGAAAAAGCAGUAAUAGGCUACAACAGUGCAAACAUACUCAGUUACAAGUACAACAAUUAAAAUGUUACCUAAUUAAGGUAAAGUAGGCUACAUAAGUAUUAUUAGCAAAAUGCACUUAAAGUAUCAGAAGUAAAAGUACUCAUUAUGCAGAAUGGCCCCUUUGAGAGUUAGCAGUGAUGUAAAGUAGUGGAGCAGAAGGAGGCCCUGUAAUAAAAUGGAAGUAGGCCUACUCAAAUAAAGUGCAAGUAUCUUAAAACUGCUCAUAAGUACAGUGCUUAAGUAAAUGUACUUAGUUACAUUACACAUACUGUAUAUUAUAUAAUAUUAUAUUUCCAGAAAGGAUAUUGUUUCCAUAUAACGUGAAUCACCACUGAUGUUUCUUGUCUUCAGUAGAGUAUAGCUUAUUAAUUGCACGUAUGCCUGAAAGUUUGAUUUAAGGCGUCACCUCACCUGAAGCAGCUACCACUGGCUAUAUAGUAAAUGAUACAACAAUUAAAAGUACAGAAAGUGCGUAAUGUUGAACUUGAAAUUUGUCUUACUUUUUCCGUGUGUGUGUGUCAGGGAGGGGACAACUUGAGGCGCACUAAUGACUUGUGGCGGUGUGGGAAAACAAGGGAGGAGCAAACAGUAUGAACCUGAGUGUUACAGCAGCAGCACAGUCAGUCUGGAGUUAAAAAGGAAGCAAACCUCGUGUUUCAGUCAGUUUGGUCUCCUGGCUUUCAGUGAGGAGCCAACAUUUGAUCUGAGAAGCUGCGCGGUUCCUCCUCCAACUUCACCUCUCUGUCUGCUCUUCACGUCCCGGAAACAAGAAGCGGACAGAGAGACAGAAAGACAGCUGAAAGAACCAUGUUUGCCUUCAUGUUUCUCCUCCUUCUUGCUCCACAUGUGUUGUUGUCCUCGACACAUGUAGCAGUGAUCUCUCCUCAGGAUCCCGUCCUGCGUAUCGGCUCCAGUCUGACAGCCAAGUGCACGCUGAGCCCUGAGCUCGGCCUCCAUGCCAGCACGUUGUACUGGACACUGAACGGGAUGUGUCUGUCCAGCAGCACCUACAGCGUGGUGAGCCCUGACAUCCUGAGUGUCACCCUUCACAACCUCAAUGGCUCCCAGCAGCAGUCUGGAGACAACCUUGUAUGUCAUGGAGCAGAUGGACACGUCCUGGCUGGUUCAUGUCUCUAUGUGGGCAUGCCUCCAGAAAAGCCAGUCAAUUUAACGUGUUGGUCCCGCAACACGAAGGACUUGAGCUGCAAGUGGAGCCCGGGGGGGCAGGGUGAGACCCACAUCCGAACCCAAUACACCCUCAAGUACAAAUUGAGGUGGUACGGGAGAGAGAAGGAGUGUGAAAAUGACAGCACAGGGAAGCAGCGUUACUCCUGCUACAUCCCCCACAACCUCGCCCUCUUCACCCCGUAUGAGAUCUGGGUGGAGGCAGCCAAUCAGCUGGGCUCUGCCACCUCUGACAUCACCACCCUCGACGUCCUAGAUGUAGUGACCACAGACCCUCCUGCUAACGUGCAGGUGAGUCGUGUCGGCGACCUCGAGGACCAGCUGACGGUCCGCUGGGCCAGCACCCCCGAGCUCAAGGACAUCCUGUUUCAGGCCAAAUAUCAGAUACGCUACAGACUGGAGGAAAGCUCUGAAUGGAAGGUGGUGGAUGAUGUUGGGAACCAGAUGUCAUGUCGGCUGGCAGGCCUCCAGCCCGGGGCCGUCUAUUUUGUCCAGGUGAGGUGCAAUCCAGUGGGCAUCUAUGGCUCCAGGAAGGCCGGCAUCUGGAGUGACUGGAGCCACCCGGCUGCUGCUUCCACAGCCAGCAGUGAGCGGCUGCAGAGCGGCUCCUGUGAUCCAAAGCCUGGUGAGCAGAACUCCACCCUGCGGCGGGAACUCAAGCAGUUCUUCGGCUGGGUCCGCAAGCAUGCGUAUGGCUGCAGCGGCAUGUCAAUCAAACUGUACGAUCAGUGGAGGGUGUGGCUGCAAAAAUCGCACAAAACGCGCAACCAGGUAGAUUCUACAAGACGAUAAUUCAUAGCACCGCCACUCUGCACCACUGUGGUGUUUAAUUCAAGAACAGCAUAAAGAAACACUGACACAUAACUGGCCCCCGAGGGUCCCAGCUGUGUGAGAGGUCCAACACCCCGCCUGAGGGAUACUGCAGUGUUUGGUCAUACAGCCUUAACUUGAGUUUAAAGGGCCCAAGUGGAAGAUAACUGAAGUGAGACAAUGCAGCCUUUUUCUGACAUUUCCGCUGGCCAGAUCUGUCUGUUAGAUCUGUUGGCACAAACACAAAUAUUUAGGCUCUCAGUAACUGCACUUUUAUCCUCAAAAGAAAAAGGUUAUUGUAACAAUUUAGGCUUUUUAAUAACUUAAUGUGAGAUAAGCAAGUCUUUAAUGCUACUUUGAUGCCAAAUGGAACUAAAGCAUUACUGAAGCAUCUAAAAAACAAAAACAGAAUUGUAAUGACAGUAACAUGAGACAAACAGGAACAAAAUGUACAAAACAAUCUUAAUCCUACUUUUCCAGGUCAAGAAACGUUUGCAAAUUAUUUUUGUAAAGCUGUUGUUUUCUCCAAGCAAAUCUGAAUAUGUAAUAUUACAUUGUUAUGGCCUUUAGGAUGGUAUAUCAAUACCUCUACAUCUAUUACUGUUGGAAAUAACUAGUUCAGGGUAGGGCUUAAAUUAACAAUUAUUUUCAUUAUGAAUUAAUCUGCUGAUCAGCUUCUCAAUUAAUCAAUUAAUCGUUGUCUAUAAAAUAAAAGUGAAAAAUACCAGUUUCCUAAAGGCCAAUAACAUCUUUGAAUGUUUGUUUUUUUUUUUGUCUGACCAACUGUCCAAAACCCAAAGAUAUGCAAAAUACAAUAAUUAUAAAUCAAGGAAAACAGAAUAUACUCACAAUUGAGAAACUGGAACCAAUGAAUGUUUGGCAUUUUGCAACAAAGAACCCCCCAACUAAUUAUCAAAACAUCUGGCGAAUCAUUUUCAGUCGAUCAACUUAUCGAUUAGUUAUUUCAGCUCUAGUUCAGUGAAAACUAAAUUUGUGAAAUCAUUGAGCUGUUCAAACACAAUAAUCAGACAUCAAGUAGUGAGCUAUCUAAAAUGUUGUAUGACACAUAGUUAAAUUCAGAUAGGCUGGUUGUAUGAGUAACUGAAUCCCCAUGAAAUAAGGCCUCACUAUCUGUAAAAUGUAUAUACUGUCCUGUGUCUGAGUAGACUAUUUGUUUGAAGACCUUUUCAUACUGUUUAUAUUUUUAUAACUGCAUAUUUAAAGAAUGUUUUUUGUCUAACUUAUAUUCUUUUACCGCACCAAUAAUGCCUCUGAAAAAUACUGUGUAUAAUGUAUAGAACAGUAAAAAGUCAAACUUG